GAUUGAUGCGGUGACACGCGGUAUGUUUGGUGCUAACCGGAAGAAGUUUAUGGAGGGAGGGGUAGAGAGCGACUACUCGGACGACUCCAGCCUCUACUACACCCAACAGUCCAUGUUCCCUCCACACCGCCCUGACAAAGACAUGCUGGCGUCUUCCUCUGCUUCCUCAACGGGUCAACUGUCACAGCUUGGAGCCAGUUUAUAUGGCCCACAGAGUGCGUUGGGGUUUCCCAUGCGUGGGAUGAACAGCAGUACGGCUCCUCAGUUAAGUCGAAGUGGGUUGAACCAGUCGGGCAAUCAGCUCCCGAGUCACGCCAGUACACCCAACACUGGAACCAUGCACACGCCUCCCUCGCCGAGCAGGGGGAUUCUGCCCAUGAGCAGCCGCAGCGUGUUGAACCACAGCCAGCAGGUGGGCGGGCCGACAGGUCAGUCGCCUGGGAUGGUAGGGGGAGUCGGAGUGGAGAGGGGAGGCGCCGGAGGAGUCGGGGCGGGUAGGAGCAGCAGCAUGGGGAGUCCUAGCCGGUCGUCACCCAGCAUCAUCGGGAUGCCCAAGCAGCAGCAAGCACGGCAGCCUUUCACUAUCAACAGUAUGUCAGGGUUUGGUGUGAAUCGGAAUCCCGGCUACAACAUGAACAACUCUCUCUCCAACAAUAUAUUCAAUGGCACAGACGGCAGUGAGAAUGUGACAGGGUUGGACUUGUCAGAUUUUCCAGCGUUAGCAGACAGAAGUCGGAGGGACGGAGGCUCCAACCCAACCCCGCUGCUCAACCCGCUGGCCGGUCGGGCUCCCUACGUUGGAAUGGUAACCAAGCCGUCCAGUGAGCAGUCGCAGGACUUCUCGAUCCAUAACGAGGAUUUCCCAGCUCUCCCCGGGCCAAACUACCAAACAAAAGACCCCACCAGCACCAACGAGGACAGCAAAACGGUCAGAAGCUCUGUCUUAAUCUCCCCUUAUGUUCUUUCUCCCAUUAAUCAUGGUAUUUUCUGGUGUUUACUCAUGCUGUGCUUUAAUCUUUUGUCCAAUCAGAAUCUGAACUCAUCAGGAAAGUCCGCCUCUAACUCAGAUGGUCCAAAGUUUCCGGGCGACAAGAGCUCCGCACCGAGCAACAACAACCAGCAGAAGAAAGGGAUUCAGGUGCUUCCUGACGGCCGAGUGACCAACAUCCCGGUCGGCAUGGUAACGGACCAGUUUGGGAUGAUCGGCUUGCUGACGUUCAUUAGGGCGGCAGAGACGGACCCCGGCAUGGUCCACCUGGCACUGGGCUCCGACCUCACGACGCUCGGACUCAACCUCAACUCACCCGAGAAUCUGUAUCCUAAGUUUGCGUCUCCUUGGGCGUCAGCUCCAUGUCGACCGCAGGACAUAGACUUCCACGUCCCGUCAGAGUAUUUAACCAACAUCCACAUAAGGGACAAGUUAGCAGCUAUCAAACUGUCUCGGUAUGGUGAAGAUCUGCUGUUUUAUCUCUACUACAUGAACGGUGGAGACCUACUACAACUCCUGGCUGCAGUAGAACUGUUUAACAGGGACUGGAGGUACCACAAAGAGGAGCGGGUUUGGAUCACUCGAGCUCCAGGGAUGGAACCCACGCUGAAGACCAACGCCUAUGAGAGAGGGACCUACUACUUCUUCGACUGCCUCAACUGGAGGAAGGUGGCAAAGGAGUUUCAUCUGGAGUACGACAAGCUAGAAGAGCGACCUCACGUUCCCUCCACAUUCAACUACAAUCCUGCCCAGCAGGCCUUCUGAUUGGCUCUACCUCCUCCUGCCUGCCUGCCAUUGGCCCUCCUGGCUCAUCAUCAUCGUCAUCAUCACCCCCUCUAGGUUUUCCCACCUCCACACACUCUUAAGUGAAUCUGGCCAAUCAGGACUUGGGAUGGGAGAGGACGUCCCGCCUCCUCCUCUGUACUGGAUAGACUUUAUGAUUUUAACUUUUCAGAUUUCUGUUUGUUCUUUACCUCAUUAUUAUUUUUUUAUUUUACCCUCCUCCUCCUCCUCCCUCCAUGAGUUUGGUUCAGUUUUGUGGAGCACGCACACACAAACACAAACACGGCGACACAAACGCUGUAAAUAACUGUCCAUCUGAUCGAGUGAUUCCUCUUUCUAUUCACUUUACCAAGAAUUUGACUAUUUUUGUCUAGAGAAGCUUUUAAAGAAGAACCAGAUUUUAACUCGGAAUCAGAUCACCAGUCAGGAUGGAUAAUUAUUUCACUCUCUGUGUCUCACCUUUACCUUGGGCAGGAAAUACUCUUCUUCUCUUUACGUUACCAGGUUUCAGAAAACACAUCAGCAGACAGCCCAGAGUCAGGAGAGGACUUGCAAUGUACAUUGUAGCACUAUUUCAUAAUAAAAGAAGAAAAAUA